AGUUAUCCAAUCCCCGCAGCAGAGGAAGACGAAGUGAAGCACAGCACGCAGACAGCCCACCCGUCUCUACCCCCUCCGCGCCUCCACGCACUCCUCCCCCCAUGGCGCUUGCGCUGCGCUGCCCCGCCGCCGCCUCGCCGCCGCUGGCCAGGAACCCCUCCCUGCCUGCGAGGCACCCGAGGAGGCCGGCCGCCAGCUGCAGGUGCCACUACUAUUACGGCGACGGCGGCGGCUUCCGCAAGAACUACGACCACAUCCCCAAGCAGUUCCGCGAGGAGAAUCUCAAGGAUGGACUGAUGGAUAAUUACAAGAAUGUUCCCCAAUUCCUUUACGGCUUAAGUCCUGCUCAGAUGGAAUUGUUUUUGAAUGAUGGCAACCCUUACAAUCGGCAAUCGCAGAAAGUAACUGAGGAAAGCAUUGCUGCUGCUAGGAGUUAUGAUGAAUUUGGUAUGUACACCUUGUCAGGCAUGCAUGAAGGCCCUGCAAGUUACAGCAUGGGUAUGGGCAUGGCCAGCAUGAGCAUGGGCAGAGGAGGGCGAGGAUAUCGAAGAAUGAGAAGCUCAGCCCCAGAUCUGCCAUCAUUGCUGUUGGACUCUCGAAUUAUAUUUCUUGGAAUGCCCAUUGUUCCAGCAGUAACUGAGCUUAUUGCUGCUCAAUUUCUGUGGCUAGAUUACGAUGACCGUACCAAACCAAUUUAUCUGUAUAUAAACUCCACAGGAACAAUGGACGAAAAUAACGAGCUUGUUGCAUCUGAAACUGAUGCAUACACAAUUGCUGAUUUUAUCAAUCGAAGCAAAUCCAAGGUUUAUACAAUCAAUCUUAGCAUGGCAUAUGGCCAGGCUGCAAUGCUUCUUUCCCUUGGUGUCAAGGGCAAAAGAGGAGUGCUGCCAAAUUCAAUCACAAAACUGCACCUGCCUAAGGUCCACAAAUCUGGUGGAGCUGCCAUUGAUAUGUGGAUUAAGGCAAAAGAAUUAGAUACAAACACAGACUACUACCUCGAUCUUUUGUGUAAAGGAGUUGGUAAACCGAAGGAAGAGCUAGCAGAAUUUCUCAAAGGCCCACGGUACUUCCGUGCACAAGAAGCCAUCGAUUAUGGUCUUGCUGAUACGAUCUUGCAUUCAUUGGAUGGUUCGUUCAAGCCAAAGGAUCUGACCGCCCAGCUGGCCAAAGCUCAGGAGAUGCGGCAAUCUGGUAAGCGUGCGGCAGCUGGAGCUGGGAGAUGGUCAACUCCAACUGCGCCCAGAUAGAUUAGAACUUUGCGUAUGGAGCUUGGGAUAGAUGUUGGCUAAUGAAAUUUUUGUCACCUUCAGGCCGCAAUUAUUGUAUUCUCCGAUAUAUUUCACCAGUGAAAAUGCAAGCCUAUUUAACCAA